CGCAGUUCUGCCAUCACUCAAGAUGGCUGCCCCCAUCAAGAUGACCGGGGUGUGCCGGGGGGAAAGGGGCAGCAUGAUGGUCUGAGACGGGCUAGUGCCGGGCCAUGUGGAAGAUUCGGGGCCUGGGGAGCUGGAUGAUGGGGGGUGGGGCCCGCGCGGGGUAGAGGAGGAAGAGCAUCCUUUCCCGGGCUCAGCCCGGCCCCUCCCUGUCCUCUGGACUGAAAUGGGGAACACCUUGGGCCUGGCCCCGCUGGGGGCUUUGCCCCGCCGCAGCCCCCGUCGAGAGGAACCUCUGCCCAAUCCCGGGAGCUUCGAUGAGCUGCACCGCCUGUGCAAAGAUGUGUUCCCAGGACAGAUGGAGGGAGUGAAGCUCGUGGUCAACAAGGUUCUGAGCAGCCAUUUCCAGGUGGCUCACACUGUGCACCUGAGUGCGCUGGGCCUGCCUGGCUACCACCUCCACGCGGCCUACGCAGGGGACUGGCAACUUAGCCCCACCGAGGUCUUCCCCACUGUGGUAGGGGACUUGGACAGCAGCGGCAGCCUCAACGCCCAGGUCCUGCUCCUCCUGGCAGAGCGGCUCCGAGCCAAGGCCGUCUUCCAGACGCAGCAGUCCAAGUUCCUGACGUGGCAGUUUGACGGCGAGUACCGGGGCGACGACUACACGGCCACGCUGACCCUGGGGAACCCUGACUUGGUCGGGGAGUCGGUGAUCGUGGUGGCGCACUUCCUGCAGAGCCUCACUCAUCGGCUGGUGCUGGGAGGAGAGCUGGUUUAUCACCGGCGGCCAGGCGAAGAGGGGGCCAUCCUGACGCUGGCUGGGAAGUACUCGGCCGUGCACUGGGUGGCUACGUUGAACGUGGGGUCCGGCGGCGCCCAUGCCAGUUACUACCACAGGGCAAACGAACAGGUUCAGGUCGGAGUGGAGUUUGAGGCCAACACCAGGCUGCAAGACACGACCUUCUCCUUCGGUUACCUCCUGAGUCUGCCCCAGGCCAACAUGGUGUUCAGAGGCCUGGUGGACAGUGACUGGUGUGUGGGUGCGGUGCUGGAGAAGAAGAUGCCGCCGCUGCCCGUCACCCUGGCCCUCGGGGCCUUCCUCAACCACCGGCGCAACAGGUUCCACUGCGGCUUCAGCGUCACCGUGGGCUGAGGCGGGGCUGCCGCUGCGGCCGCGGAGCCAGGUGCCCCGGGGCCGGAGACCGGGCCCUCUCCAGGGCCCACCUUGCUGGGCGACCCGUGGGCCCCAGGGGCAGAGGUGGGGACAGGACCAUGCCCUCCUCAGAACUGGCGCUGCCACGAGGGAGCUGAGGAGGCAGUGGUCUGAGGACCCCCCUGCCCCCGGCGUGUGCCCGCUGCCCACACUGUGGCUCUGGACUGAGGGAGAAGGGCUAAGGGGUCCGUCCGGCUCAGUUGUCUCGCUCACACCCCCCUUCUUCGUGUCCCUGUGGAUUGAAGCCCCUCCCCUCUUCCCCUUCAGAGCAAGCCACUCCGCAUGGGACGAGCACCCACCCCGUUCCCCGUCCCAGGGCUGUCCAAGGCCAGGAUCCAACUUGACCUCAGAAAGUGGGGCCACGCAUUCGAGAAGGAGCUGCCUCCUCCCCUGUCUUUUGUGCUUCCAGAGAACGACGUUACCCCCACGGCCGCCCCCUGCACCCCCACGACUGUGUGAAGAGGCAGUUAUUGCCGUAGUCGUUCCUUGGGACCGUGGGGCUCCCCUUCUCCUGGCCCCAGCCUCUGGCCCCCACGUUGGCCCUUCCCAGCCCCGCGUGACCAGGUGGGCUGGGAAGGCAGCUGCAGAUCUCCUGGAGCAGGGGCAUCCUGGCAGACAUCCCUGGCUGUGCUGGACCUGGUGUCCAUAGGUGCUGUUGAUGCUCUGGGGCACGGCCAACAGGCCCAGCAGCUUUGCAAACAGAAACCUUCGGAGGAAGAAAUAGUGGGGUCACAGGGAAAGGAAGGAAAUACAGCGACUGAGAGUGUUAUCCUGCCCCUCACCCCCCAAAUCGUCCAAACUGCCCCUCGGUGAAGCUAGGUCUGACCACAGAGAAAACCGUGUUCUAGGGUGACAGGUUUCUCAGAGGUUCCAAGGGUCCCCAAGGGGCCUCUGACACUGUCUUCGCUCACCAUGCUGUGUUUCUGGAACCCAGAGCUCUGAGGGCCCCGUGAGGAGGAAGCCCCAGACUCGGCGAGAACUUCGACUGUGGGAUCUGAGGGUCUGGCUUUCUAGAGGAGGUUCUAGAAGGUGGGUGUGUUCUGUGGUCUAAAGCCUCCUUCUCUGGGCAGACUGGCUUGCGGAGGGUGGGCCGGAGCGGGGGCAGGGCACUCAGAGGCGGGAGAGACGGAUGCUGAGCCAGGGGCCUUGGCUGUGAAGCUGGGAAUGAGCGUCACCUCGAGGGCGUGAGAAAUGGGAGGACUGGCCCGGUGAAGAGGAAGGAGGCAAAGGCCCCCGAGAGAGAGCGCGUGAAACCUCUGGAAACGCUGCCACCCAUCUGGGGAGGUUGGAUGGGGGAGGGGAGGGUGCCAUCAGCCUCAGGAAUGCUGCGAUACAGACUGAGCAACUACUUCGCAUCUCUACUGAAUAAAAAACCUGGAAAAAGCGAGCUG